AUGGAUCCAGUCGAAUAUCCAUAUGACUUGGGCGCAUAUAAUAGACACGUCACGACUAGUAGUGACGAAGCUCAGAAAUGGUUUGACCGUGGUUUGAUAUGGACGUAUGCUUUCAACCAUGAAGAAGCCAUCGAGUGCUUUCGUCAUGCCAUUGACAAUGACGUCGACUGCGCUUUAGCAUACUGGGGUCUUGCGUAUGCAUCCGGACCAAAUUACAACAAGCCUUGGGACUUUUUCGACGCGGACGAUUUCAUCAAGACCGUCAAACAAGCUGGUGAUGCCGCAAUCGAGGCCAAAGCUAGAGGGAAGCUUGCUUCACCGCUCGAGCAGGCUUUGAUAGGAGCUCUUCAAACACGGUAUCCUUCCGAUCUGUCCAGCAACUAUACCCAGGGCGACUUCAAAGCAUGGAACACGUCAUAUGCAGACGCCAUGCGUGUUGUCUACCAGCAAUUCUCCGAAGAUCUUGACGUUGCUACAUUGUUUGCAGACGCGCUCAUGAACGUCACCCCCUGGGGUCUGUGGGAUCUAAAGACCGGUAAACCUGCUCCCAACGCCCUUACCUUGGAAGCCAAAGCCGUCUUAGAACGUGCGUUUGACCAAGCAGGGUCAGACCAACACCCUGGUCUCUUGCAUAUGUACAUUCAUCUGAUGGAAAUGUCAAAUGGCCCUGAAUCGGCUCUGUCCAAAGCCAAUCUGUUGCGUGGUCUUGUCCCAGAUGCUGGUCAUCUACAUCACAUGCCUACUCACUUGGACAUUCUCUGCGGCGACUACGAGUCUGCGGCAAUCUGGAAUCUCGAAGCUAUCAGGGCAGACGAAAAGUUCCUGGACAGAGCUGGACCUGUCAACUUCUAUACCCUUUACCGUUCUCACGACUAUCAUUUCCGGAUCUACGCUGCAAUGUUUGCUGGUCAGUCAAAAAUUGCUUUGGAGAGUGUUGCAGGCCUUGAAGCAUCACUGCCGGAAGACUUGCUCCGGGUUACAUCACCUCCAAUGGCGGAUUGGCUAGAGGGCUUCUUGUCUGUACGCAUACAUGUCCUCAUCAGAUUUGGCAGAUGGGAAGAUGUUCUGGCUAUACAAUUGCCUGCCGACAAGCAACUGUUCUCAGUGACCACCGCAUUCAUACUGUAUGGACGAGGCAUCGCUUUUGCAGCCACUGGCCGUGUUCAAGAAGCCAGAAUCGCGUUUCUGACAUUCGACGCUGCCUUGGGCCAAGUGCCAGAGUCUCGCAUGUUGUUCAACAAUCGAUGUGUCGACAUCCUCCAAGUGGCCAGGACCAUGCUGCGCGGAGAGAUCGAGUAUCGCGACCGCAACUUUGAUCAGGCCUUCGAGCACCUGCAGAAAUCAGUCGAGCUUGACGAUAACCUUCCGUACGAUGAGCCAUGGGGAUGGAUGCAACCCACAAGACAUGCUUUGGGAGCUUUGUUGCUCGAGCAAGGCAGGAUUGAACAAGCUGAGAAGAUAUUCAAGGCUGAUUUAGGCUUCGAUAAUACCCUACCGCGUGCCUUGCAACACCCAAACAAUGUUUGGUCUUUGCAUGGCUACAACGAGUGUCUUGUCAGGCUCGGACAGGCACAUGAGGCUAGCAAAGUCGAGACGCAACUCGCAGCAGCGGUAGCGAGAGCGGAUGUGCCAAUCAAGUCAUCAUGCUUCUGUCGCAGCGGGAGAUGA